CAGGAAGAGAGGCGCAGAAGGAGGAGGCCACAGGCUGCCCCACUCGCCACUACGAGAGGAAAGAUUGAGAGAGGAGGGGUGAGAGAAGAAAAAAGGGGAGUAUCCCGUCUUCUCUGCCCUUCUGAGCCACUGCAGCCCCCCUCCCCCUCGCCCUCUCUCUUUGAUUCUCUUUCUCUCUCUUUCCCCUUACUCAUCUGUUUCUGUGGCUGUGCUGAGAGGAAGGGCACCUGCCGCUCCCUGAUGAUUCAGCCUUUCAGCUACUUGGAGCUCCACAGACAAGACAGCAUGUCCCUCCUGCCACUGCAGUGCCUGGCCGUCCUGUCCUCUGUCUGCACUACAGCUACUGCAGCUGGCCCAGCACGUCGACACCGCCUCUUCUGCCCAAGCGCUCAGGUGAGUGAGUACUACUCCUCCACCGCUGCUCUCUAGUAAACCCUGCAGAACAUUUAAGGAAUCCAAUUCCCUGGCAAUCUUUUUUUAGUUUUUUUGCCGGCCAGUUUGACGAUUCUAUGUAUAGACUGCUUGGCUUUUUCUGUGAGAAAGCAUGACUGAGGAACUCGUCUGCAUACGUCCCAGGCUGUUAACAAGGUGCGACUCUCUCUGAAGAGCAUUUGUACUUUCCUGUGAAAUCCCAGUUCUGACUCUGCCUCCUAAUGGAAAACGUACUCGAGGAGACUGGUGGCAGACAGCCACUGUGCGAUGCUCUGAGUUAAUAGUUGAGGUGUUCAGAGAGCCUUCAUCCAGCAGUUGGAAAGGAUGACUGAGGGAAUGGACGACAUCUCUGCAGGACCAGCUCCCCCCCCUCGAUCGGCCUCCCCCACCAGCUCUACUGUUGAUACCGGACAAGUCCCUGAGGAGAAACCAGAGGAGACAGUGGCAGCUGGCGAGAGUGGGGAGGAGGGCGCAGAGGGAGGUGGUGGUGGUGGUGGUGGUGGUGGUGAUGGUGAUGGGGAGCAUUUGGGGGCUUUGGGAAUUGUGGCCUUGCCAGGGACCUGCUGUGUUUGCAUAGAGAUGGAACAGAUUAACCAUUGCCUUCACUCUGAGAAAAUCUGCAUUCUUCCCAUCCUGGCCUGUCUGCUCAGUUUAGCCCUCUGCACAGCUGGCCUCAAAUGGGUCUUCGUGGAUAAGAUCUUUGAGUACGAACCACCCACACACCUAGAUCCUAAACGCAUCGGACAGGACCCAAUAAUCAUAUCAGUUUCCCCCACGCUGGGACUGACUGUGUCAAUUCCUCAUUCAUCCCCGCCGGUUGUCUCCUGGACCACCGCCGUUACCCCAGGACGUCCUGACGUGUUCGUGGAGGAGAAGUCGACGCGGAGGCCGUACAUGCCUCAGUCUCCACGAGUGACUCAGUCUGAUCCCUCUGUCACACUGAAAUACAACGCUCAACGUCCCACCGUCCCAAAGCAGACUCCCCACCCUCAGACAACACAGGAAUCAAACGACAUUGUCAUCCCAACAAUCUCUGCCACCAGCACCACCACAACAGCCAAGACCUCCAGUCACGUGACUCGCUGCAGCGACAACCAGAGGAACUACUGCGUUAAUGGGGGGGAGUGCUUCACCCUCGAAAUCAUGCCGGGCAGCACGAAGUUUCUUUGCAGGUGUCCCAAUGAAUUUACUGGUGAUCGCUGCCAAAACUAUGUAAUGGCCAGCUUUUACAAACGUCUUGGGAUUGAAUUUAUGGAAGCCGAGGAGCUGUAUCAGAAACGUAUUUUAACAAUUACUGGAAUCUGCAUUGCACUCCUAGUCGUGGGAAUCAUGUGUGUGGUUGCCUACUGCAAAACAAAGAAGCAGAGGAAGAAGCUCCAUGACCGUCUGAGGCAGAACCUGAGGAAAAAGAGGAAAAAUACCAAAACUGGCGUCGGCCCCAAUCUGGCAAGCUCAGCCAGAGGACGUCAGAUUUCUAACUUGCCUCUUCAAGAUUUGCAGCUUAUCAAUAACUGUAAUGGGACAACUGUACAGCAUGCAUCCGAGACGGAGACAGAAACUAACUUCUCUACAAGCAAAAGUGCUUUAACUGCGCAUGAACCCACCACAUUCACCCACAUCUCUAGCCAAAGGUAUGCAUCUGCCAUCACGACCCCGACUCAGCUGUCUCCGGUGUCCCGGACCUCUCCUGCGACUCCAGGGUCUCCUCCAUCAGAGAUGUCCGCCCCCCUGUCCAGCCUGGCCAUCUCUGUCCCGUCGGUGGGCCUGAGCCCCUCCGGCGAGGAGGAGCGGCCCCUGUUGUUGUCAAACUCACAUCAACCGAGCAAGUCUUCAAACCGAGAUGAACAGAAGAGGAUCUCGGCCCACUACAACCACGGCCACGUGGCCCACAGCUUACCGCCAAGCCCGCUGUUUCCUAACGGGAACGGUUACUACCAAAGCAUCGGUGACCAUGACACUACAGCUGGCGGCCAGAUGUUCACAGCAUCACCUGAGAAGCUUCUUACUAACAACAACAUCAACAGCUGCAGCACCAAGCGGAUCCCCAACGGCCACGUGGGGCAUGGUGCGGAGUCCGGUGGUGACAGCAUGGUGAGCGAAACAGACGCGCCUCAAGAGGAACACACACCCUUCUUUACUGCAGAUAGCACUGCGAGCCUGCUGCUCGGGGCUUUGGACAGCAGCAGGACUAACCCAGCAUCUCUAAAAGAUCACCUGCAAGACACGUCACGCAGCAUCACCACCACCAAACUAAAUCCAGUUGCUGUGUAAA